AUGAAUAUAAGUGGGAAAUCGGGUAAAGCUGCCACGCGUGGCCAAAAGCAAAUUUAUGAAGAGAAUCAAACUGUGAUAUUACAUUACUCAACUGCUUCCAUAUUUUCUUCGGUUUUUUACAUACUGAUUUCGGUAUUUUUCUUUCAACGAACAACAUGGGAAUGGCUUGGUUUCUCUAUUUGCUGUAUGCUUGAAGUGGCAGCCAUUCUAACUAUGCGUUCUAUGGCACGAUGUCAUCGUAAUGAAAAAGGCCAAGUAACAGAUGCUGGCUCAGAUCUUAAUCAGCCAGAUGCUUUUGGAGAGUACUGUAAAGAUGUGGUAAUUUUAUGCUCAUUUGUUGCAAUAGUAGCUACAAUUUGGUCGAUGAUUUUAUGGCUCUUAUUGUUAAUUCCAGCUUAUGUAUUUUACAAACUAUGGAAAGUGAUCAUUGCACCAUGGUUUUUCGCUGAACCAUUAGAACAAGAUGAAGAAAAGAAAAUAAAAAAACGUGAGAGGAGACUUCGCAAAACAUGA